AUGUUCAUGUUAAUUUAUGAGGCACCAAAGUAUACUCUUCCCCCACUGCUGCCAUUUCUCGACUUUCCCUUGGUUACAUACUCUGAAAUACGGGCAUCAUACCGAAACUGCUGCAUUUAUGACUCUACGCCUGACAGGUUGAAUCCAGAGUCUCGUCUAAACAGUCUUUCUCCGACACAGAUGGAAAAUCAAGGGACAUGGAUGCCUCCCCCGUACAACCUUUUGACGCCACCAGUGAAGCUUUCAACCGCACAUGUUGCUAAAGAUCCUUCCGUCUCCAGUAAUUUUGCUCGUCUCGCGAAAUGGUCUCCCGAUGGCUCCGUUUUUCUUGCGCAAUGCGAGAACCGCGCUUUCGAAUUGUUCGGGAUGUCACUGAACACAAAGGAAAACCAGAUCACCCAGUCGAUGAGCACUCUCCCACAAGCAUCCUCGAUCUUGGACUUUAGGUGGUACCCUACAGCGUCUGCCCAUGAUCCCUCUUCGUUUUGUUUUGUGGCAUCAGUACGAGAAUGCCCAGUAAAGCUUCUUGACGCCUCAGAUGGGAGACUUCGUGCAUCAUACAAGAUCGUUGACCACAGGGAACGCCAGAUUGCUCCUCAUAGUUUGGCAUUCGACUUAACAGCCCAAAAGUUAUACUGCGGCUUUGAAGACGCCAUCGAAAUAUUUGACCUGUCUCGCCCCGGUGAAGGUACCCGGAUGCACACGACUCCUUCAAAUAAGAGCAAAGAUGGUCUAAAAGGUAUCAUAUCUGCGUUGGCAUUUUCACCAUCGUACAGCACGGACGAAUCCUUCUACGCCGCUGGAAGCUUCACACCGUCAACAAAUAACAUCGCGAUGUUCAGUGACCAACAAGAGACUCCGCUAAUGUUCCUGCAAUUCAAUCCUACCAAACCGCAUCUCCUCUACGCGGCUUAUCGAGGAAGUGGGACAGGAUCGAUCUACUCGUGGGACGUCCGCUCAAACGUCGAUGCCCCUCUUGAAAUUCUGCAGACGCCAGCUAGCACGAAUGCGAACUCCAAAUCGAACCAGAAAUUCCGAUUUGACGUUGACAUCGCAGGACGGAUGUUGGGUGUCGGCGACCAGCUAGGAAAUGUCUCCAUAUUUGAUCUUGAGUCUACCAACAGCGAAGUGGACAGCAACAUGCGUGACAUUGGGAUGGAUGAUGCCCCUUUAGUCCGGCAGCCUACACUCGUGUACAAGGCACACGACGAUGCCGUUGGAUCCGUUGCCUUCCACCCGUAUAUGCCAGCGAUUCUAACGACGUCAGGCUCGCGUCAUUUUACCAACGAAUACGAUAAAGAGGAGGACUCAUCUGAAUCCUCUGAGGAGGAAGAUGGUGAUGCCUCGAGACCCUCUGAUAGGAGGGAGUGCACGGUCAGACGGCCAAAUCCUUCUCAUCCUGUUACCUUCGACUCCAGCAUCAAGUAA